GCUGCGCUGCGGCGCGCACGGGCUCUGCGGGCUGCGAUUCCGGCUGGCAGCGGCCGCUGCAGGAAGGGCCUGCUCCUGCGCUCCCCACGCCCCUUCCCUCACCUUCUGCUGACGCUGACGUCGGGCGAGGGACCUGGAGAGACGCUCCGACCGCGGCCCGGAGGCUCCUGUGGGGGCCGGGGCUCCGAGGUUUAAUAUAACAUAUCCUAUCAUGUGUUUUCCUUGCCCCUUCUCCCCAAAUCAUCAACAGUAGAAUAAAAAAAAAGAAGAAAACAUGUCAGGACACAAAUGCAAUUAUUCCUGGGACUUACAGAAUCGGUAUGCUCAAGAUAAGUCAGUUGUCAAUAAGAUGCAGCAGAAGUAUUGGGAGACUAAGCAGGCCUUUAUUAAAGCCACGGGAAAGAAGGAAGAUGAACACGUUGUUGCCUCUGAUGCAGACUUGGAUGCUAAGUUAGAGCUGUUUCACUCAAUUCAGAGAACCUGUUUGGAUUUGUCUAAAGCAAUCGUGCUCUAUCAAAAGAGGAUAUGUUUCUUGUCUCAAGAAGAAAAUGAACUGGGAAAAUUUCUCCGAUCCCAAGGCUUCCAAGAUAAAACCAGAGCAGGAAAAAUGAUGCAAGCCACAGGAAAGGCCCUGUGUUUUUCUUCCCAACAAAGGUUGGCCUUGCGAAAUCCUCUGUGUCGAUUUCACCAAGAAGUGGAGACUUUUCGGCAUCGGGCCAUCUCAGAUACUUGGCUGACAGUGAACCGGAUGGAGCAGUGCCGGACAGAAUACAGAGGGGCUUUAUUAUGGAUGAAGGAUGUGUCUCAGGAGCUUGAUCCAGACCUCUACAAGCAAAUGGAGAAGUUCAGGAAGGUACAGACACAAGUACGCCUUGCAAAAAAAAAUUUUGACAAAUUAAAGAUGGAUGUCUGUCAAAAAGUGGAUCUUCUAGGAGCCAGCAGAUGCAAUCUCUUGUCUCACAUGCUAGCAACAUAUCAGACCACUCUGCUUCAUUUCUGGGAGAAAACUUCACACACUAUGGCAGCCGUCCAUGAGAGCUUCAGAGGUUAUCAACCUUAUGAGUUCACCACCCUGAAGAGCUUACAAGACCCUGUGAAGAAACUAGUGGAGAAAGAAGAAAAGAAGAUUACCCAGCAGGAAAGCACAGGAGCAUCAGUGCAGGAGCCGAGUCAAUUAAUUUCAUUAGAAGAUGAAAACCAGAUCAACGAAUCCUCCAGUUUUAAGACUGAAGAUAGAAAAAAUAUUUUAUCUGCCAUAGACAAAACCUCUACAUAUGAUUCUUGUUCAGGACCUAUAAAUGAACUAUUAGACAUGAAACCUGAGGACGGAGCUUGCCUGGACCCAAAGGCAGGACCCCCAGAGCCCGAAGGUGCUGAGAAGGAUGACUUGCUGCUGUUGAGUGAGAUCUUCAAUGCUUCCUCCCUGGAAGAGGGAGAGUUCAGCAAAGAGUGGGCCGAGGUGUUUGGAGAGCAUCGUCUGAAGGAGCCAGCACCCACAGGGCCCCCAGGAGAGCCAGACCCAAAGCUCCCAUCAGGCUCUGGAUUCCUUCCUUCGCAGCUUUUAGACCAAAAUCUGAAAGACUUACAGGCCUCACUACAAGGCUGGUCAGAGAGCAGUGUGAGUCUUCCUCCUAUUCCAUGGCCAGCACCAGAAUCAAGCAAUCCAAAUGACAACAGCUCUGCACUUAAAGAGCCUGCCAAGGCUUCCUCAGACCUGACUGCCUGGUUCAGCCUCUUUGCGGACCUCGAUCCCUUAUCAAAUCCUGAUGCUAUUGGGAAAACUGAUAAAGAACACGAAUUGCUCAAUGCAUGAGUUUGCAGCCUUCGAGAAGAAGCCCUCUUGCUGCUCCACACCACCUCACCUGGGGCAAGCAGAAGUAUAAUGUAAUCAGUAUGCUGUUUUAAUAUUUAUGCACCAUUUUAAUAAAAUGGAAGGGUCAGUGGCCCUGUU